CUUCCACAACGACAAGCUUCCAUCACGACCCUCCCAACCCCAGCAACGUCAACCAUCAAACCACGACAACCCCCGCACUCGACGAUUGAUUGAAUCCCCUCCGCGACUCACCGAAUAGCCCUCCUCGAAAAACAGACAACCAAGCACACACAAACACACUUCUUCCCCGCCUGUUUCCGUACCCUCGGGGCAUCCAUCACGAUGGCGCUCGAUUCCUACUAUCAGAACAAGAUCGAGGCCAUGAAGCUCGAGAUCCUCAAGGGUCAAGCAGUCCUCCGCCGCCUCGAAGCCCAAAGAAACGACUACAACUCCCGCGUGAGGCUACUACGGGAAGAGCUGGGCCUCCUGCAGCAGCCUGGCUCUUACGUCGGCGAGGUCGUCAAGGUCAUGAGCACGAAGAAGGUACUGGUCAAGGUGCAUCCUGAAGGCAAAUAUGUUGUCGACGUCUCCGACAACGUCGACAUCACAAAGCUCACCGUCGGCAAGCGGGUAACCCUGCUGUCCGACAGCUACAAGCUCGAGAAGAUGCUCCCCUCCUCCGUCGACCCCCUUGUCUCCCUCAUGAUGGUCGAGAAGGUGCCCGACAGCACGUAUGAUAUGAUUGGUGGUCUGGAUCAGCAGAUCAAGGAAAUCAAGGAGGUCAUCGAGCUGGGUCUCAAGCACCCCGAGCUCUUCGAGUCGCUCGGUAUCGCACAACCAAAGGGCGUCCUGCUCUACGGCCCCCCUGGUACGGGAAAGACGCUUCUUGCCCGUGCCGUCGCCCACCACACCGACUGCAAGUUCAUCAGGGUGUCCGGUUCCGAGCUGGUGCAGAAGUACAUUGGUGAAGGUAGCCGCAUGGUCCGCGAGCUCUUCGUCAUGGCCCGCGAGCAUGCCCCUUCCAUCAUCUUCAUGGACGAGAUCGACUCUAUCGGCUCUUCCCGUGUCGAGGGCUCCUCGGGCGGUGACUCGGAGGUCCAGCGCACCAUGCUCGAGCUCCUCAACCAGCUCGACGGCUUCGAGCCUACCAAGAACAUCAAGGUCAUCAUGGCCACCAACCGUCUCGACAUUCUCGACCCCGCCCUGCUGCGUCCCGGCCGUAUCGACCGCAAAAUCGAGUUCCCCCCACCCUCUGUCGAGGCCCGCGCCGACAUUCUUCGCAUCCACAGCCGCAAGAUGAACCUGACGAGAGGUAUCAACCUCACAAAGAUUGCCGAGAAGAUGAACGGCUGCUCCGGCGCCGAGCUCAAAGGUGUCUGCACAGAGGCCGGCAUGUACGCCCUCCGCGAGCGCAGAGUCCAUGUCACCCAGGAGGACUUUGAGCUCGCCACCGCAAAGAUUCUCAACAAGCACGAUGACAAGGAGGUGUCUCUCGGCAAGCUCUGGAAGUAAGAGCGCACCGGGAGACAAGGAGAGAAAAGGGAAAGAGUGCCAGAUUGGCGCAUGCAGUGGAAGAGUGCGAAAACGAAGCAACGACGGCGACAUCUUUGCUGGACUGGCGGGAAUUGGGCUGGUGGGCAGGGCGGUGGCGGUGGAAACAGCGUCCGCGCGAUAUUUGCGCGCGCAAGUGGCGCUUGUACGGCUAAUUAUGUACGACUACAUAGACACGGAAUCAGCCACGGUGACUUGCA